AGUACCAGUGAGUCACUGUUAGUACUAUCAUUGACGAUACAGUAAACGAAGCGCGACAGCUGAGACUUAGAAAAGAGGAAAUAGUUGCUUUAUAUACGCGACCUGAAGAGAAGUACAUAGGAAAAUGUCUAAAAAGCCAGGUACUACCCAAGCAAUGCAUAAGGUUAUAAUGGUUGGAAGUGGAGGUGUUGGAAAAUCUGCCCUUACAUUACAGUUUAUGUACGAUGAGUUUGUCGAGGAUUAUGAGCCUACAAAAGCAGAUUCUUAUAGAAAGAAAGUUGUAUUAGAUGGAGAAGAAGUACUAGAUAUUCUAGAUACUGCAGGACAAGAAGAUUAUGCAGCAAUUAGAGAUAAUUAUUUUAGAAGCGGAGAAGGAUUUCUUUGUGUGUUUUCUAUAACAGAAGAUGACAGUUUUCAAGCCACUCAAGAAUUUAGAGAACAGAUUCUUAGGGUAAAGAAUGAUGAAAACAUUCCAUUUCUAUUAGUGGGAAAUAAAAGUGAUUUGCAAGAAAAGAGGAAAGUUACUUUAGCAGAAGCUCAAGCAAGAUCACAACAAUGGGGUGUACCAUAUGUAGAAACAAGUGCAAAAACAAAAGAAAUGUUGAUAAGGUAUGUAUUUUUCGACUUGAUGCGUGAAAUAAGGUCGCGCAAGAUCGAGGACAAGUCAGCGAGUAACGGUCGUGGAAAGGACCGUGCUAACAAGAAGAAAAAGAAGUGCAUUUUUCUAUAGGUAUUUUUUGAUUUAAUGAGCGCGAUAGCUGCACGGAAAGCACAGGAAAAUCAAGGCGAUGGAAAAGAGGGCAAGGAGGAAAGAAUUGCUGCAUUUUGCUCUACAAUUACAAAGCAACGCGUAUAACUUUCAUAACGGAAUAUUCAACUUCUAAUUGCAAAAGCUGAGUAAGGAAAGUGUAUUUAUAUUAUACACACACGUGUUACAUACAUAUAGUAAAACUUUUCUGACACUUUACAGUGAAUUGACGCACUAAACGUAUAUCAAAUAUUUAUAUUGAAAAAACAUACAGUUUAAAAAUUGUUUAAUGAUUGUUACGUUAGAAGUUAUAAAAUUCAUGUUCCUUCUUAUAACAUUGCUAUUGAUUAAUUUAUAUGCACGGGUGCAUAUAAUCAUAAUUCCUAUGUAUUAAUAAUAAUUUGCAUCAUAAUUUUUAAUAUAAAUAGAAUCAAAGCUUUCCAACAAGCACAAAAUUAUCUUAUCUAUUUUAUCUUAGGUAUUUUUUAACUGUUCUUAGAGUGCUGAAACAUGUACAUAAAUCAUUUAUUCAAGUAUUAUAGAUCAAAAAGAAAGAAAGGAUAAAGAAUUUUUAUAUAUAUAUAUUAUAUAUACAUAUAGAACAUGUACAUGUAUAUAUACAUUAUACACAGUCUUGUGAUUAUUAAUGACAGUGAUUAAAAGAGUUGCCUAAUAUUUAUUAUAAAAACGCUGUAAUUGGUUUUGUUUAUAAAUAAAAGUAACAUAUCUUUA